GAGUUCGUGAUGUUGGGGGGGGGGUGCUGCCUGGAGGAGUUUGAAAUGGCCCCUAUCGCAAUUUUAGAAGAAUAAAGAGCCAAAAGAUUCUCACUUACCAUGGCUCAGUUCGGAGGGCAGAAGAAUCCCCCUUGGGCUACCCAGUUUACAGCCACUGCGGUAUCUCAGCCAGCUGCUCUUGGUGUUCAGCAACCGUCCUUACUUGGGGCAUCUCCUACUAUAUAUACCCAGCAAACAGCAUUGGCAGCGGCAGGCCUCACUACUCAGACUCCGACGAAUUACCAGCUCACUCAGACAGCUGCUUUGCAACAGCAAGCUGCAGCUGCAGCAGCUGCAUUACAGCAGCAGUAUUCACAACCUCAGCAGACCCUCUAUAGUGUACAACAGCAGUUGCAGCAACCUCAGCAAACCCUUUUAACCCAGCCAGCUGUGGCACUGCCAACAAGCCUUAGCCUGUCUACCCCUCAGCCAGCAGCACAGAUAACAGUCUCUUACCCGGCACCACGGUCAAGUCAGCAGCAGACCCAGCCCCAGAAGCAGCGUGUCUUUACGGGGGUGGUUACCAAGCUGCACGACACAUUCGGCUUCGUGGAUGAAGAUGUUUUCUUUCAACUCAGCGCUGUUAAAGGGAAGACUCCUCAGGCGGGAGACAGAGUGUUGGUAGAAGCCACAUAUAAUCCCAAUAUGCCUUUCAAAUGGAAUGCACAGAGGAUUCAGACGCUGCCAAAUCAGAACCAGACUCAAACCCAGCCUUUACUCAAGACCCCUCCGCCUGUGCUUCAGCCCAUUGCGCAGCAGACAGCAUUCAGCGUUCAGGCACAGCCGCAGCCUCAGUCGCUGCUGCAGGCACAAAUAUCUGCGGCUUCUAUAACGCCUUUGCUUCAGACACAGCCGCAGCCUUUGUUGCAACAGCCACAGCAGAAAGCUGGUUUACUACAGCCCCCUGUCCGAAUAGUUUCACAGCCUCCACCGGCACGAAGACUAGAUCCACCACCCAGAUUUUCUGGGCGAAAUGAGAGGGGAGAUCCCAUGGCUAACAGAAAAGAUGACAGAAGUCGUGAAAGAGAGCGUGAAAGACGUAGGUCACGAGAAAGAUCACCCCAGCGAAAACGCUCUAGAGAGAGAUCACCUCGACGAGAGAGGGAAAGAUCCCCUCGAAGACCACGGCGUGUUGUUCCCCGUUACACGGUCCAGUUUUCCAAGUUUUCAUUAGACUGCCUUAGUUGUGAUAUGAUGGAACUGAGACGGCGUUAUCAGAACUUGUACAUUCCCAGUGACUUCUUUGAUGCUCAGUUUACAUGGGUGGAUGCUUUUCCAAUGUCGAGGCCAUUUCAGCUGGGCAACUACUGCAAUUUCUAUGUAAUGCAUAGAGAGGUAGAUCCUUUGGAUAAAAACUCUGCUGUUCUGGAUCCCCCAGAUGCUGAUCAUCUUUACAGUGCCAAGGUGAUGCUCAUGGCGAGUCCUAGUAUGGAAGAUCUAUAUCACAAAUCAUGUGCCCUUGCCGAAGAUCCUCAAGAGGUUCGGGAUGGGUUUCAACAUCCCGCUAGACUUAUAAAGUUUUUAGUGGGUAUGAAAGGUAAAGACGAAGCCAUGGCUAUAGGAGGACACUGGUCUCCCUCCCUGGAUGGACCUGACCCGGAGAAGGACCCAUCCGUGCUGAUUAAAACGGCUAUCCGUUGUUGCAGAGCCCUUACAGGGAUUGACUUGAGUGUUUGCACACAGUGGUACCGUUUUGCAGAGAUUCGCUACCAUCGCCCUGAGGAGACCCACAAGGGGCGUACGGUUCCAGCUCAUGUGGAGACAGUGGUUUUAUUUUUCCCGGAUGUUUGGCAUUGCCUUCCCACCCGCUCAGAGUGGGAAACCCUCUCCCGAGGAUACAAGCAGCAGCUGGUCGAGAAGCUUCAGGGUGAACGCAAGGAGGCUGAUGGAGAACAGGAUGAAGAAGAAAAAGAUGAUGGGGAAGCAAAAGAAAUUUCUACUCCUACUCACUGGUCUAAACUUGAUCCAAAAGCGAUGAAGGUUAAUGACCUACGCAAGGAAUUAGAAAGUCGAAAUCUUAGUUCGAAGGGUCUUAAAUCCCAGCUGAUAGCCCGGCUAACAAAGCAGCUGAAAGUGGAGGAGCAAAAAGAAGAACAGAAAGAGCUGGAGAAGUCUGAAAAAGAGGAGGAAGAGGAAGAAGAGAGGAAAUCUGAAGACGAUAAAGAGGAAGAAGAAAGGAAACGUUUAGAGGAAGUGGAACGCCAGCGGCGAGAGAGACGAUAUGUCUUGCCUGAUGAGCCUGCAAUCAUUGUGCAUCCUAACUGGGCGGCGAAAAGUGGAAAGUUCGACUGCAGUAUUAUGUCCCUUAGCGUUCUUCUGGAUUACAGAUUGGAGGAUAACAAAGAGCACUCCUUCGAGGUUUCAUUGUUUGCAGAACUCUUCAAUGAAAUGCUUCAAAGGGAUUUUGGUGUCCGAAUCUACAAAUCACUAUUGUCUCUUCCGGAUAAAGAAGAUAAAAAAGAUAAAAAGAACAAAAAGGAUGAGAAGAAAGAGAAAAAGGAAGAGAGAGAGGAUGAAAAUGAUGAGCCAAAGCCUAAAAGAAGAAAAUCUGGAGAUGAGAAAGAUAAAAAGGAUGAGCGAGACGACAGGAAGAGAGAAGAUAAGAGGAAAGAUGAUUCCAAAGAUGAAGAUGAACUGGAAGAUGAUAAUAACCAGGAUGAAUAUGAUCCAAUGGAAGCUGAAGAUGCUGAAGAUGAAGAUGAUGAUAGGGAUGAUGAGGAAAUGAGCCGGCGAGAUGACAGAAGAGAGGGAAACCGGCACUGCAAAGAGAGGGCUUCCAAGGAUAAGGAAAAAGAUAAAACUCAGAUGAUAACUGUUAACAGAGAUCUUCUGAUGGCUUUCGUUUAUUUUGAUCAAUGCCACUGUGGGUACCUCCUAGAAAAGGACUUGGAAGAAAUUCUGUACACACUUGGACUGCAUCUCUCCCGUGCUCAGGUGAAGAAGCUGCUAAAUAAGGUAGUCCUCCGUGAAUCUUGCUUUUAUAGAAAACUAACAGAUACUUCUAAAGAUGAAGAAAAUCCAGAAGAGGUGGAAACUCCACAGGAAGACAUGCUGGGAAACCGUCUGCUGCUACCAUCCCCUGCUAUAAAACAAGAAUCCAAAGGACCAGAAGAAAACAUCGGGCUCAUUGUGUACAAUGGAGCUAUGGUGGAUGUAGGAAGUCUCUUACAGAAACUGGAGAAGAGUGAAAAAGCACGGGCUGAGAUGGAACAGAAACUUCAGUCACUAGAAGAAAAGACAGAUGACGACGAAAAGACUAUAUUGAAUUUGGAGAGUGUGAAUAAAGGCUUGUCUUCAGAACUUAAAGAAGUCAAAAAGGACAUUGGCCAGCUACAACAGAAUCUGAAGGCAUCGGAAGAUAUGAAUUUGCAGUUUGAGGGGCAACUGAAUAAGACAAUCAAAAAUUUGGCUACAGUUAUGGAUGAAAUACACACCGUUCUUAAAAAGCAGGAUAUUGUGAAGAGUGAAGAUAAAGAUCAGAAAUCCAAAGAGAAUGGAGCAAGUGUAUGACGAACUUGCUCUAGUAAAAAUAUGGGUGUUACAUAAUGUAAUAUAAAUCAUGAAACUGGAGUAUAUGAAAGUGAUGCAUGUUUAAUUUUAGUAGUAUAAAUACCUUAGUCCAAGCAAGGAUGUAUAAAGUUUUAUAAAUGUGCGAGCCUGCUUCCAAGGAUUGCUUGUAAUUCAUAGCUAUCGGUUUGUUAGACACUCCUUGAGUGAAAAUUAAUUUUGCAUUGCAAAAUGUUUUAGGGUAAACUUUGUUAUAGUUUG